AUGCUUCCGCGCGACCUGCUUGGCUUCCGUCCGACGGCGGAACUACGACUCCCGGCGUGCUUUGUGCCCGAGGCACAGACCCGCCCGCUCACUUCCGGGAAGCCGGACAAGGUGUUGGACUCUGGAGAAGAUGCCCAGCAUCCUGGCUACCAGAGCUCUGAGGUGGACUGGUGUGAGAGCAACUUCCAGUACUCGGAGCUGGUAGCCGAGUUCUACAACACGAUCAGCAAUGUUCCCUUUCUGGUCUUCGGCCCCCUUAUGGUGUUCCUGAUGCAUCCCUAUGCCCAGAAGCGCUCCCAGGGCGUGUACAUCGUCUCCACCCUCUUCAUGGGCAUAGGCGUGUUCUCCAUGUAUUUCCACAUGACGCUCAGCUUUCUGGGCCAGCUGCUGGACGAGCUGGCUAUCCUGUGGCUCCUGGCCUUUAGCUACAGCAUUUGGAUGCCGCGCUGCUACUUCCCUGCCUUCCUGAAGGGCAACAGGUCCCACUUCGCCUGCCUGGUCAUCACCACCACUGUGAUCAGCACGUUCCUGUCCUUUCUGAGGCCUACAGUCAAUGCAUACGCCCUCAACAGCAUUGCUGUGCACAUCCUGUACAUCGUGCAACGGGAGUACAAGAGGACCAGUAAUAAAGACCUUCGUCACCUGAUUGAGGUCUCUGUGGUUUUAUGGGCCCUUGCCCUUACCAGCUGGGUGAGUGACCGUGUUCUUUGCAACUUCUGGCAAUGGAUUCGUUUCUCUUAUUUGCACAGCAUUUGGCAUGUGCUCAUCAGCAUCACCUUUCCUUAUGGCCUGGCCACCAUGGUCUUGGUUGAUGCCCACUAUGAGAUGCCAGGCCAAACCUUUAAACUCCGCUACUGGCCACAGGACACUUGGCCAAUAGGAAUGCCAUACAUAGAGAUCCGAGCGGAUGACAAGAACUGCUGA